GCUGGAUCAUAGGCUUAUGCAGUUAAUGGUUCAUGGUGUUGGGCUAAGGGGUUCCUGAGUUCAAAAGCUCUGGCCUCACCCACCUCCUCGGGUCAGUAUCUUGUUUCUAGAAUAUUUCAUAGCGAGACAACCAAGUCAUCGAAAUACAGUCAACGCUCGUACUGCCCGGCACUUCGCCUUGGGCGAAUACGCUAACAUAGCUAAGCAUUACUGAGUAUCACGACGUCUGUCUUGUCGCUUGAUUUGGAGCAACAUUACACCACAUUUGACGUAUGCCUGAGAGAGGUUCUUACGCAUUGUGCAUCCCCCAACUAGAUUCUUGGGCUCAUCAACAUGGCCAGCAUGACUCUUUCUGAUAAGCAUGAAAGCAACUCGGAUUCUUCCAUUUCCCUCUCGUCGUCCAUACUUCUUGAAGACCGCAGUUCUUCCAUCUUCGACUUUUACGGCCAAGUCAUGGACAUGGAUGAUUAUCAACACCCUUCUCCUCCCACCAUAGAUAUGUCUACAUCCAUGGUUCUCGAGCGCACCACGGCAAUCAGAUCAUCCCCUUCUGAAGCCGACGACUUCUCGAUGAGUGGCUGGACCAUUGUUGGCACAUCAUCCGCCGCCUCCGAAACCACAUGCCACGCUCCGGCGUCCGUGUCCGCCUCCGUCGCCGAUCUCACGGCGUCCGAGCUGCUCCGCCUGGAACUCCAGGAUACCCGGCCUUCAGGCUCGCUUGCCAGUCCCGGCUCGCACGUGGUGCGCGACCGUGCUUCUGAAAUGUCCGUCGGUAGCGAUAGCCUAUUCAGCUACAGCUACACCUCUGUCCAAGAUGAUCAAGGACUCUGUGGAAUCGGAGCGUGGGCUGAUCUUACGACAAGCUCUUUCGUCGCCAAGAAGAGGCGAAUCACUCCGCGACGACGAUAAUUCCAGCAAAAAAUAUUUUCAUUUUUGCGUUUCAAACCAAGGAAUGUCUUGGGGCAUGGAUUCCUUGGUCUGUUUCCGGCCGGCAGUUUGUCUAUCAUCUUUGGGCUGCCACGCGCCGAACGGUUCCGCGUUUCAUAUACAGUAUCUACAGUAUCUUUUGGUUUUGCUUUUCAUCUGAACCCAUGUACGGUGAUGCACUCAUUCAUUGUCUAUGCUCUUACGAAAUUCUCCACUCGUGCUUUUGUUGUAUCUGUUACUUUGUUCUGCAAAAAACCUCAGCAGUAGCUAUGUUUCGAAAUGGAUUCAAUGAAGAAAGACAGGGCCGCCACAGCCACAAACAACAGGAAUGCUCAUUGACGCAACGGGCAUGCAAUCAGAUCAUCUAAGUCAGACUAGAUCGGUUACAUCGAAAAGAAUUCAUUACAUUUGA